ACAAAUUUCCCAACAUUUACUUUUGGACUUUGUCAGCAUACAACGUCCUUACUUCGUCCAUAUAUUAUUUCUUGAAUUCUUGCCAAUUUUUGGAUGUCAGCUGUUAUCAAGCACCGGUACUUAUCAAUACAAAGAACAUGUUAACAAAGAAAGAAGCGAUCAAAUUCCUUGAAGAUUCUUGGGAAAUGAAAGAUGUGGCAGAAGAAAUACAGAAUGACCGUGAAAAAUUUCUAAACAAACUGAUUGUAACCGUUCAUGAGAGGGUGCCAUUUCAUCUUUUUUUCAUAUGUAAUCUUGCAUAUAUGCCUCCAGAAACACGAAAGCUGCCCACAUUAGAUGAAGGUGAUCACAUUUGUAUGUCAGGGGAUGGUGGCAAUUGUACAAUUGUCAACUUGUUUAUUUCACGACUCCUAACAGCUCUCGGAUUUUCUAACUUUGUUUGCCGAGCAUAUGUAACAAGCAGUUCUCUUAAUUUCCAUGCAAUUGUGAUUGUAAAAGAUCUCAUUAAUGCAGGUGACCAUCACCUUGUUGACUGCAGUUUAGGCCUGCCUGCAUUUGAAGCAAUUCCAUUAAAUUUUAACAAGGAAUCACCUGUUUACCAGAAUUCAUUUCUUGAAUAUAAGUUUAUCAAACAUGAUGGUAAAAUUCUUCGCAUGCAUGGUAAAGGAGAUCUGAUGGUCCGUAAUGAUCCACCAAAAGAGCUUGAUUUUAUUCAAGGAAAAUGGAGAAGAUUCUAUGAAUUUAAUAUUGAGGAUAUGACAGAAUGCCAAACAUUUGCAGAUUCGCUUCCUCAGGUUUUAUCUCGUUUCCUUCGCAAGGUUGACCCACGUGCAGCCAGAUACCCUGCUGGCAAAACUGUUAUGCUAUUUGGUGAUAUUUUGUAUGUUCAAAAUGAAGACAAGACACUGAAAAAAAUUAUUUUGAAAUCGAAAGAAGAAAUAUUUCAAGCAUUUGAGGAUUAUUUUCCCAGCAUAAACAAAGAACUAAUCAAGCAAGCUUAUUCAACAUGGCACAAGUCAAAAUUAUGAAUAGACAUUCAUAUUUUAGACAGUAUAAUCUUAUAAUUCUUUUAAGCUACCAUAAACUGUUCAUAAUCAAUGCCUGACAGUACCCAAACAUGGAAAGUAUAACCAUAUAGAAUUAGAAAGAAUUAACAUGGAAGGUCAUGGAUGAUUUGAUGUGUAAUAGUCAGCAAAAGAUAUAUUAUGUAAAAUAGGGCUGCUACUCUUGUUUUACCAAAGUAA